AAAUAAAACAACGUAAACUGCGGUAAAACAGUAAUAAAUCGGAUAUUAAAGUAAUUAUGUUGAGUGUUGUAAGACAAUUUACACAUUUAAGAAAAUCGAAUGCGUUGCUGAGAAAUUUACCGCCAUUUUACAAUGUGAAUUGUCAUAGAGAUGCGCACCGGUGGAUGCCAGAUGCGGAAUACGUUAAACAAUUCGAAGGUGUUGUUAUGUAUCCUGAUGAAGUUACAUCAAUGUUAAAACAUUUACCUUACAACAGUAUAGUGACGCCAACUGAAAAGAAAGUACGAAAUAUGGUGUUGAACUUCGGACCGCAGCAUCCAGCGGCUCACGGCGUACUCCGACUUGUUUUAGAAUUGGAUGGGGAGACGGUCCGUGGCGCUAUUCCCCAUAUCGGUCUUCUACACCGUGGCACAGAGAAACUGAUUGAAUACAAGACGUAUACGCAGGCAUUACCUUACUUUGACCGUCUCGACUAUGUCUCCAUGAUGUGUAACGAACAAUGUUACAGCUUGGCUGUUGAGAAACUACUCAAUAUCGAUAUACCGAUACGGGCUAAGUAUAUUAGAACGCUUUUCGCUGAACUUACUCGUAUCCUAAACCACAUCUUGGCUGUGACUACGCACGCGGUAGACAUCGGGGCGAUUACUCCGCUGUUCUGGCUGUUUGAGGAGCGCGAGAAGAUUAUGGAAAUGUAUGAACGUGUGAGCGGCGCGCGAAUGCACGCGGCCUACAUACGUCCUGGAGGCGUGGCUAUUGAUAUGCCAUUAGGUUUAAUGGAUGACAUAUACGAGUUUGCGACAAAGUUUUCGGAACGAUUGGACGAGGUGGAAGAUGUGCUCACGACAAACAGAAUUUGGGUGCAGAGGACGAAAGAUAUUGGAGUAGUCACUGCUGAAGACGCUCUUAAUUAUGGAUUCAGCGGAGUAAUGUUACGGGGUUCUGGUAUCAAGUGGGAUUUACGCAAAACACAACCCUAUGAUGCGUAUGAGAUGGUAGAAUUUGAUGUUCCUAUAGGAAGUUAUGGUGACUGCUACGACAGAUACUUAUGUCGUAUGGGGGAAAUGCGUCAAUCUUUGCGUAUAAUAGACCAGUGUCUUAAUAAUAUGCCGCCUGGCGAAAUAAAAACUGAUGACGCUAAAGUGACUCCACCGUCACGCAAAGAAAUGAAGAUAUCAAUGGAAGCUUUAAUCCACCACUUCAAGUUAUUCUCUCAAGGGUAUCAGGUACCUCCAGGUUCCACCUAUACCGCUAUAGAAUCGCCUAAAGGAGAGUUUGGCGUGUACCUGGUUUCCGAUGGAGAAUCUAAGCCAUAUAGAUGCAAGAUCAAGGCGCCCGGAUUCGCGCACUUGGCCGCUCUAGAGAAAGUGGGCAAGAACUCUAUGUUAGCCGACAUUGUCGCCAUUAUUGGGACACUCGACAUCGUAUUUGGUGAAGUUGAUCGAUAACAAUAGUUGCAGUCAAGUAACCAUUUAUUCAAAUAUUUUCUAGAGUUAUGUCUUCAUGGCCAUAAAAUAUUUGACUGAUUUUAAUUAAAAUUGCUAAUCGCUAUU